AUGAGCCUCUUUAUUAUAAAAUUGAACUGGCCCGCCAAGUUCCGCAUACAUACAUGUGUAUGCAUGUUUAAUUCGCUGCUCCCGAAGCAUCUAAAAUCGUAUCCUUGAAGGUAAUUUGCAGCGGAUUGUGGUUGGUUGGAUUCAGUAUCGGGCAGCACCGUGGCUGGUGCAAAAUUGGGGAAAGUUUUGGAGUUUGAUUAAUUAAGAGGAAUGGAUGAGGCUUCACUUCCGUUGAAUGAGCGUGUUGUGAUGCUCAAAGAUUUAGUAAUCAACAGGCUUCAUAUGCUCCUGAAUGGAAUUGCUAUCUUAUCGGUGUUUUACUACCGAGCUACGACUCUGUGGCGGAUUAUCCAGACCGGAGAGACUCCGGUGGUGGCUUAUCUGGUGGUAAUCGUAGCAGAAAUUGUGUUGACUUUUAUGUGGAUACUGCACCAAGCAUAUCGGUGGAUACCUGUUAGGCGAAUCGUGUAUCCGGAGAGAUUGCCGGAGGAUGAGAAGCUUCCGCGGGUGGAUGUGUUCGUCUGCACCGCAGAUCCAAGUAAAGAGCCAUCGCUAGGGGUGAUGAAUACUGUCAUAUCUGCUAUGUCGCUCGAUUACCCUCCAGAUAAGCUUGCUGUUUACCUUCAGGAUGAUGGAGGGUCUUACGUCACUCUCAGUGCUGUUCGUGAGUCCUGGAAAUUCUCGAGGGUUUGGAUUCCGUUCUGCCGGAGGUAUAAAUUGAAAAUUAGGUGUCCAGAAGCUUAUUUUUCGGCUAAGGAAAGUGCCGAUGAGAAGUUCAUCGGAAGCAGCGAGUUCGAGGCUGAGAAGAAGCUCAUAGCGGAAAAAUUCAGAGAAUUCCAGAAAGUUUUGGAAAAGAACUCAGUAAAUGCAAGCAGCUCUGUUAGCAGAAACCAUCCACCUACUAUUGAGGUUAUGACAGAUGAAGAUCCUGACCUAAAGGAGAUGCCUCUUCUUGUAUAUGUCUCUCGGGAGAAAAGGCCUGGUCAUCCACACCAUUUCAAAGGAGGAGCACUCAAUACUCUUCUCCGAGUAUCUGCUUUACUAAGCAAUGCUCCAUACUUUUUGGUGCUCGACUGUGACAUGUACUGCUACGAUCCAUCAUCAGCUCGGCAAGCUAUGUGCUAUUUGAUCGACCCAAAAACAUCACCACAACUAGGUUGGGUUCAAUUCCCACAGAAAUUUCGUAAUACCAGCGAACAUGAUAUCUACGAUGGACAGCUGAAUCAAAUUUGGAGAGAAGGAAAAGGCUACGAUGGGAGCCGAGGACCUAACAUAUAUGGCUGCAAUGCUUACAUAAAGAGGGAAGCCAUAUAUCGAAGUGACAAACUGAAAAAGGAUGUUGAUGUCAGCGAGCUGAAAAAGUCCUUUGGUGCAAGCAAUGAGUUCAUAAAAUCGCUACUUCCAAAUUUCACACCAUUGUUGGCAGAAGACAGAAAGCCCUCUCCUACAUUAGAGAAAGAGCUCCAACUCGUGGCCUCGUGUACUUACGAUUCUGAUUCGGAAUGGGGAGAUGAGAUUGGAUAUAAGUAUUUUACCGUUGUGGAGGAUGCAAUCACGAGCUUGAUUUUACACUGUAAAGGGUGGUUUUCGGUGUAUCUUGAUCCUGAGAUACCGUGUUUUUUGGGGUCAUGUACUACAUGCCUUACAGAUAUGUUAGCUCAGCAGACGCGAUGGGCAUUUGGUCUAAUGCAAAUGACCCUUUCGAAGUAUAAUCCACUUACGUAUGGGCCAUUGAGAAUGUCGAUUUUUCAGAGCAUGUGUUAUGGUGCAGUUGUAUUCGACGCCUUCUUCAGUAUUCCCUUUUAUGGCUUAGCCAUCAUACCUCCAAUCUGUCUGGUUUACGGCAUUCCCCUGUAUCCGAAGGUCUCGGAUCCCUUUUUUAUUGCAUUUGUUUACAUCUUUCUGUCAACACACCUCAAGCACGUGCAAGAGGUAUUGUCCUACGCAAACGCAUCCGUGAUGAAUGCUGUGUAUGAAACGAGGGCGUGGAUGAUGAAGUCGGGAGUUGCUUUCAUGUAUGGACUAUCGAAUGCCAUCUUGGAGAAAUUCGGUUUGCAUGAAGGAGGGUUCUCUCUUACAAACAAGGCGGACGAUGACGAGCAGGAGAGGCGUUACAGGGAGGGGAUAUACGACUUCCAAGUCUCGCCUAUGCUAAUCAUCCCGUUGUGUACUCUAUACAAUCUUAACUUAGCUUGCUUGGCUAUUGGAUUGAUACGGCUUCUUCAGAGAUACGACGAGUUCUUCCUUCAAGCCUGUCUCUCGUUCUACGGCGUCGCCCUCAAUAUCCAUUUCUUUCAAGGUAUGUUCCUUCGAACCGACACUGGCCGUGUCUCUCCUUAUGUCACUCUGCUCUCUAUCGCCGUAGCGGCUAUCAUAUUCUGCAUUGUGUCUCUUCUUCUUGUUUAGUUAUCGGGAACGAUAAGAUUGCAUAGUAGAUGUUCGAAUUUAAAAGAACUUUCUUAUUCUUGAUGUUACAAUAUGAAACUGAAAUUCUCUA